CUCCCAAACUGGUAGCUUGGUGGACUUGCUCUUAAGGGCUGAUCUCGUUCUCUCUCAAAUCAUUUUCUCACGCUGAAGAUCUCGUUGGAUCCAAUGCGGAAAUAUUCGGCUUUCGUUUUUCCCCUCGUUGUCCUCGCGAUUCUCUUGCCGGCGGCGAGAUCAAAUCUCGUCGUAUCGAAGGCCGAGCGACGAGUUGAUUUAAGCUCACAUAUUGUGCGGACCAUUUCUUCUCUAAAGGUCGAGAAUGAAGGCCCUGAUGCAGUCUCGGAGGUUUUAGUGGCUGUUCCCAAUAUACAGGCAAAGAACUUGGCAAAUCUGAAGGCAUUUUUAUAUAAUGAAGGAGGAAAAGGUUCUGUUGUAGACCUUCCUGUUUCUAUAGUUCAUCCCGAAGGAAUGCCCCCAGAACUGAGUUUCUAUUCAGUAUCAUCACCUGAAAAAUUGGAGAAGGGAGCAAGCUUUUCUUUCAUUUUAUUGGCUGUAUUCACACAUUCAUUAGUUCCAUUCCCUGAGGAAAUCACCCAAGCUGAUUCACAGCUGGUUGUCUACCAGGAUAGUGCCUAUUAUCUGUCACCCUAUGCAGUUAAGUUCCAGACACUCAGUGUCAGGUUGCCUGGUGGUAGGGUGGAGUCGUAUACAAAACAUCCAAGUGGAAAGCUUGUGGAAUCAGAGAUUAGAUAUGGUCCUUUUGAAAAUCUUCCUGCCUUUUCCUACUCUCCUAUUGUUGUUCACUUCGAAAACAACCAUCCUUUUGCAGUUGCUCAUGAGCUAGUGCGGGAAAUAGAAAUAUCCCACUGGGGCAAUGUGCAGGUCACAGAACACUAUAGACUUGUUCAUGGAGGUGCCCAAAAUAAAGGGGGAUUUUCUAGGCUUGAUUAUCAAUCUAGAAUGAAAGGAAUAUCAUCAUUCAGGCAUCUUGUUGCUAAAUUGCCGCCAAGGGCUCAUUCUGUUUAUUACAGAGAUGAAAUAGGCAAUAUCUCAACAUCACACUUAUGGGGUGAUUCAAAAAAGACACAGCUGGAAAUUGAGCCUAGAUAUCCAAUGUUUGGUGGAUGGAGAACAUUUUUCACAAUUGGCUAUGGCUUACCACUCAAGGACUUCUUGUUUGAGGGAGCAGGAAAACGUUUUUUAAAUAUCACAUUUGGCUGCCCCUUUGAGGAAGUUGUCAUUGAUAAUCUCCUUGUCAAGGUUGUCCUCCCUGAAGGGUCAAAAGAAAUCUCUGUUUCUACUCCAUUUCCUACAGAGCAAAAGCAAGAGAUAAAAUAUUCACACCUAGAUAUUAGUGGAAGGCCAGUGGUUGUCUUGGAGAAGUCUAAUGUUGUUCCUGAGCAUAAUCUGUAUUUUCAGGUGUACUAUAAGUUCAACAAUCUUUCACUGUUGAGGGAGCCGAUAAUGUUAAUAUGUGGCUUCUUCUUCCUAUUUGUUGCUUGUAUUUUAUACACACGUACAGACAUGUCAAUCUCCAAAUCUUCUGCUUCCUAUCUUGCAAAACUUCAGUUAGAGGAGGUGCGAGAAAGGGUCCAGCAAGUCCAGAACAUCAUCAGCCGAUGUUUAGCAGUUCAUGAUAAAGUAGAGGCAUCGUUACGUGAGCUCUCCAGGACGGGGGAUAUUCAGUCUUGCAAAAUUGCUCGUAAAACAGCUGAUGGAUUACUAAAAGAAUUGACGAAGGAACUAAAGCCGUUGUUGACAUAUUUGCAGACUUCUCCACAGGCUGCCAAUAUAUGGCCCAAGGUGGAGGAGCUGGUUGCGAAGGAGAGGGAGAUGCAAGAAAAGCUGAUGCUAAAGCACUCGACUGUGGUUGAUUGUUUCGAGAAGAAACUUGGUGGGAAAGAAGUAGAAAAUCGAAUUGCUUCCCAGCAGCAGAAACUAUCAGCGUUGAGACAAGAUGUCGAUGAUCUUCUUGAGAUCAUUGAUGAGUUCUGUUAGUUUAUUAGAGAUAUAACUUAUAAAAAAGGGGGGUGAAUUUUACAUUAUUUCGAUGUUUUUGACUUCGAGGAGCAGCUUUGAAAUGGCUUUUGUAGGAGGUAAAUGAAAUUUUAGAUAUGUGCGUUUAAUGACAGUUUGAUUAUCAUUUUGACAUA